AUGAGAAGGAAAAGGUUGACUUCAAAUAGUUAUCUAAAGAAACUAUUCAUUGUCAUCAUUUUGUUUAGUUGUUUCAGUACAUACUUGCUUACAACAUUCAUCGGAGGAAAGAAAAACAAUAUGAUGGUUUUGGAAGAGGAUGAAGGAGAGUUUCAAAGCAAUCUAUAUCACCAAUUGCCCACUAUAGUUUAUGAAUCACCUACAGAUAUGGAAUUGGGUCGUAGCUUUGAAAAUAAGAUGACACGGAUACAUGAUAGCGGACAAGGUGUCACAGUUCUGUUCAUACCUCAUUCGCAUUGCGAUCCAGGUUGGCUCUCUACAUUCAACGAGUAUUUCGAACAACAGGUAAUCGAUAUUCUAAACAAUGUAGUACAGUUACUCGUUCAAGAUAGUACAAGAACAUUCGUUUGGUCUGAAAUAUGGUGGGAUAUUGCUGAUGAACUUACAAAAGUAAGAGUUAAACUACUCAUUUCCAAUGGACAACUGGAGUUUAUUGGUGGUGGAUGGGUUCAAAACGAUGAAGCUGUUGCUCAGAUGGAUGAUGUAAUCGAUCAGAUAACAGAAGGUUUGCAAUGGUUAAAGAGAACUUUGAAUGUUAAUGUUGAAUACGGUUGGCAAAUCGAUCCUUUCGGUCAUUCUUCACUGACUCCAAUGAUUUUGUCACGUGCACAAUUCAAGGGUAUCAUUGGUAAUCGUAUUAAUUUGCUUACAUUGCAAAGACAGCGGCUGAAUCAAGAGAUGGAUUUCAUAUGGCAACCGAGUCGUUCGAGUUCCCGACGUAUCUUGACACAUCUACUCUACGAUCACUACAGUUAUCCAUCUUCCUAUCCGUAUUUCGGUGAUCUGGAAAUACGUUGGGAGCAGCGAGAGUUUGUAUCGAAUCUCUUCUUCAAUCUGAUCGAUGAAAUGAGAACAAAACACAAGACCAAAAUUCUAUUGUUGCCAUUCGGUAAUGACUUUGCCUAUCAAAAGAAGGAUGAGUAUCUCUUCAACGAACAGCUGAUCGAUUACAUGUUGGCAAGAAAGAGACAAAAUGGUGUUGCAGAUAUUCGAUUUGGAACACUGCGUGAAUAUUUCCAAUUGUUUGAUAAAGAGAUUGUCGACAAUCAAAUUGGAUUGCCAUUGUACACUCAUGACUACCUGCCUUUGGUCAAUGAUCUUCAUCAACCAUGGACUGGAUUCUUCACACAGUUCUCACUUUUCAAAAAGCUUGUCCGUGAUACUUCUUUGUUGGUAAAGACCGCAGACAUGUUCUACAGUAUCGCAAUGGCAAAGUCAUCAUCUUCAUCAUUCUCACAGUCUGAUGACGACAUUGGACAACUUUAUCCCAUGAUUGAAGAGGCUAGACGAUUCGUUGCACUCACCCAACAUCAUGAUGGUGUCACUGGAACCGCUCGUCAGUUUGUAAUGAUGGACUAUAGAGACAGUUUGAACAUUGCCAGACAGAAUAGUUACCAAGUACUAUCUUCAAGUAUCGAAUAUCUAAUACAUCUUGAAGGAGAAACCGAUGAAUCGAAUCCGUAUGAAUUUAGAGAUCUUUUGGAUCUGAAUGAAAUGCAACCCGAUUCCCAAGAAUCAUUUUCAUUGGUUUUUCAUAAUUCUUUGUCUUGGAAGAAACAACAUCACUACACUCUCAGAAUCCGAUUGAACAACACACAACUCUUGGAGUCCGUUCAAAUAUUAGACUCAACAAUGGAACCACUUUUGAUCCAAAUUGUACCAAUGAUGCCAAGUGAUAUCAAAGAGUUGGAUAUGCAAAAUGAUUACAUGCUCGUUUUCAUUGUUGAAGUUCCUGCAUUUGGAAUCAACACUUAUUUCUUAACAUUAGACAGUCAACACAAACAAAAUACACCAAAGUUAUCAAAGGUAUCAGUUUAUGAAACUGAAAAAGAAUUCCAAUCAUCCAAACAUAGAGCUCUAUCAACCAGGUAUCUAGAUGUUAAAUUCCAACCCAAUGGAUUUUUAAGUUCUUUAUCAAAAACAGUAAACAAUCAAGCCUAUAAUGUUUUAGUAAAAGAAUCGAUAAAUCAAUAUAGCACAAACUUUAGUGGUAAUUAUGUAUUUAUUCCAGAGAAAAAGAUGCCAUUCCAAUUCUUGGAUGAAUACAAAAUAUAUGCGGUAUCAGGUCCACUGCUCAACCAGGUUACUGUUGCCUCUUAUAUGAAUAAUAUCAAUGUUACUAGUACAAUGGUUGUUGUUUAUCAUCGAUUAUAUAACAGUCCAAUUGAUUACAAAGCAGAGAAGAAAGGAGUUCCGAUGGUCACAGAAGAAUCGUUAGAACUUGGUUACAGUCUCUAUGGAUUCACAAAUUUGGAAACGGUUUUCAAUUUCCAAACCAAUCUAGAUAAUGAUCACAGUAAUCUCUACACAGACAAUGGACAAGAAUCAAGAUCUAGAAUCAAACCUCAAAAUAAUAAUGACAAGAUCAAUUUCAAUUAUUAUCCUGUGUUGAAUUAUGCUCAUCUCAAGGACAACGAUCUUCAAUUCACAGUUUUCACAGAACGAAGUCAUGGUGUCGGAAGCAAUAAUCCAAGUGAUCUCGAGAUUAUGAUUCAUCGUACAACAUUACAAGAUGAUAGCAAAGGUCUUGAGAUUCCUGGUUUCGAUUACUCAAGAGUUGAUGCUAAGCUUUAUCUUUCAAUCGAUCAUCCAAAUAGAAUGGCUUCAUUCGAGAAACAAUUAAGUUUACAUUAUUCAAAUGCACCAAUAGUAUUAUCAAAACAAUUAAAAAGUAAUAUAUAUGAAUAUUUAUCUGAGUAUCAAUAUCAAACAUCUUUCUUUAAUGAUCGAUUACCAAAUAAUUUACACAUACACUCGAUUAAACAUUUUAAUGACUUUAGAAGAAAUGGACAAGCAUUAUUAAAUAUAAGAUUAUCUCAUUUGAUGGCCGAUUCACAAGCAUCACAAUGGAAUAAUCAACUAUCAAAUCCAAUUUCAUUGAAUCUCAACAAAAUAUUCAAUAGCGAUUAUUCAAUAACCUAUUUAAAUCAAACAGAUAUUGCAUUUUUAGAGACUCAAUUUAUUAAUAUGAUCAUUUAUUUAGUUCAAAAAGAUUUUAAUAGUUUUUAUAGAAUCGAAGGUAAUGUUUCAAAAGGAAACAGUACAACAGGAGAAUCAGAGUUUGGUGAAGAAACACCAAUCGAAAUUUUGAAUGUUCACCCUUUCACAGGUUUAGAAGCUGUUGAUACUCAUGAUAGUAUCAACUUGAAACCAUUGGAUAUCAAAUCCUAUCAACUUUCAUUAAAAUAUUCGAGUGAUAUUUCACAAUCAAAUCUAAAAUUUAAAAUUGCAAGAAUACAACCAAUACCAUUCGAUAAUAUUUAUACACAUGACUUUUCAAUACAUAAAGUUUCGAAAUUCCCAAUGUUUUUUAAUGAUGUGUAUAGAUAG